AUGUUGGGAUACAAGAUUUUGGCCGCUGCUACUUUCCUGCUGGCUCUUGCUCCAGCUAGGCCUGUUGGGGACGAUUGGCAAUCCGAGACAACCAGUACUGCCUACGUGACAGUUACAGCUCCAAAGCAUCCUUCGUCCACCCAUUCGCCCGAAAAGGAUAGCACCACCAAGACCUCGGACUGCGAGGAGUCCAGCUCGACCCCUGUCACCCAUAGCAGCUCCCUCACCUCUACUAUUACGGUGCCUUCUUCUCACAGCUCAGUGCCUCCAACCACAUGGACUACGGUCAUUACCACAGAAGGAUCCACGGUCACCACCGGAUGUGUGAUCACGACGCAGACAUUUGAAGAGUUUACCACAGUCUUUACCACUUACUGCCCUCUGCCAUCGACAACGACCCACUCCACUGAAACGCCGUCCUCUGCUCCUCCUCAGUCGUCCGUGGUUCCACCACCUUCUCCGUCAAAGUCUAUCCUGUCGGAGAGCAGUCCAGAGGUUCCCGUGGUUUCCUCGACUCAUCCUCCUCCAUUCUCCGUGACAUCAGGAACCUCGACAUCUGUUAUCACAACUGUGACGCCGGCCUCUUCAACUAAAGUCGUCUCUUCCUUGUCCGGAUCACCACCCGUGUUCACUGCUGUCCCAGGUAACGGCACUUCUAUCCACACUUUGCCCGGUGGAUCCUCAGUUGCUAUCGAGACCAAGAUACAUGCCGGUGCCGCGGACCUCAACGCCGGCUUGCAGUCGACCUACGCUUUCGUCCUUGCCUUGAUGGUGGCCCUUGCUUGA